AUGUCUAAGGUUAUAGACCCUAAUAGUGGUGUAUUUUGUGCCAUCAGAGAUGGCACUAUAUUAAAUAAGAUCCAGAACAUUGAAAAGCAGGACUUGAAGCCGUUUCUACCAUUAUUAAUGUACAGAACCUUUUCUUCGUUCUGCAUUGACUCGAAACCUAGUCAAUCUAAUAAAUUGGUAAGUAUAUGAUCUUAUAUAAAAGUUUUUGAUUUUUAGGACGUUUUGAGGGCAGCUUUGAUUGACUUCCCUGAAGGAAAUGAAAUAAUGAGCUUCCUGAGAUACGAUUACGAAGCUCUGGAACAUAAAUUGUUGGAGAUCAAGAAGGGAAAACAACAAAUGAAUCUGAAUCCGGCCAAUUACUCUUUGAUGAAUCUGAAUGAGAAACUCACACUUAUCGGAUCUCAUAUUCUUGGAAAAUGUAGGUGACUUGAUGUUCCUUGGUUAUCUUUGUCAGUUUUUACUUAUGUGUAUCAUAGUUUGUUUUGAGUUAAAAGAUUAAUGGUUAAUGUAAUUUGAAUGUUUCAGUAAAUGCAAACUUAACCUCUACCGUGGAUUCGUUUGAACCUUUUGAUGCAGAAUCGUUUCAAGAAGAAGUCAUAUGGAUAAUGUCAUUCUUGUGCUUCUACAUUCCUGUUCUUUUCAAUGUAACUGAAAUAGCGCCUUUGUUGCUGCGCUAUGCUUAUGGAAAACCUCUUAUUUUAGGCGUAAGUGUUGAAAGUAAUGUUCUAUUCUUUUUAGGUGUCAAUUUUGUGUAUUUCCAGUGAAAUUGCUUUUAAAUUACUUAAAUUUGCAGUUUAUUUAGUAAAAUGUUUAAAAUGGUAAUUUUAGGUAAUAUUGAACAAUCCUCAACGGAUGGAACAGACAUUGUCAAAGCUUCUGAAUGCUCGUAACACUGACGAAGGUGUGAUAUUGAGAAGAAAGAACGAUGUUAUCUUUGGUCUAUUGAGAUUGGACCAUACUCAAGCAGAGGGAUUCCUAAACAAAGUUCUCGAAGUUGGAGGAAAGUUCAAGUUGGUGGUGACUUUACUAUGCAGUAGACUCAUACAAGACAGUGUCUUCAUUAACACAUUGAUCUCUCAUCUGAUGCGAAAGAACAGUCAUUUCACAGCAUUUUUGGUUAAGCAUUCUAACAAGGAAAUGGCAGAGAAGAUACGAAAGAGAUUCAAUGAGAUCCUACAGCUGUAAGUUUACUUGAGAUAAUAUGGUUAUUUUAAUAUCCAUAUGCAUUUUUAACGGUUUUAGUUAAAUAUCAUAGUUUUAAAAUUAAAAAAGUUUAGGCGUAGACAUCCAGAACUGAAGGAACGUAUUGUGGUUUUACUGUGUGUUCUGUCAACGUAUAACAUCAUCAAACUGCCAAUCAACUCUAGUGAUGUCAGUUACCCUUGGGUACGAGUACUGACAGAUACCAGUGUCAACAGUGUUCGGUUACUCAAGAUCAUGUUGGCAGCCAUCUUUGCCUGUCCCAACCUGCUACCACAACAUGCUUACUCGGACUCUGACGACCAUCAGAAUAUCAGUAACUUCUUCAUCUAUCUACGAGAACUGACUCGUGGUGGUGAUGUGAACGAGAUGAGAUCCUUGAAUCAGUUCAUGUUGUUAUUGGCCAUCCAUCUGAAGUCUGACAACCAUGUCGAAUUGUCCAAGUUGUUGUCUAUGGAGUUGUCAUUGACUGUAAGUGUCGUUUACUGUAUUUUUAAUGUUUUUCAUGGUCAAAAAUUUAUUAUUUUAUUCCAUAUUGUUUUAGAAAAUUUUAUUUAAAUUUUGUUUUAGAUAGGAGAUGUCCUGAGGAAGCAAGCUAUUGUCAAAGCCGCGUUCCUUCAGAAUGCCAUGUUGGAAGAAGAUAUCGCUCAGAAGGCGGCGAACCUUGGAGUGACAGUAGGGUUAGACAACAACAUGAAAGGAUACUUGCCAGUACAUUGUAUCAACCAACUGCUGGUGUCGAGGAUCUUUUCGAAGAACCAGAUCAAUAUCCAAGAUUGGAUAAAGUCGCAGCUACUGCAAAGUCAUCUUCCAGUACAUCACGUCAUGGUGCAGUUGUUGGACAACUUUGCCGCUUCUUGUUUCCCGACAGGACAAGAUGCCAACUACAACACCAAGAUUGAAGAAAAGUUCUUUUGGGUAAGGUUUUUGUUGCAGUAUCAAUCAGAACUGGCAAAAGGUUCAACAAAAAAACUCAGAAUAUGUUCUUUCAGGAUAUCUUUAAAGGUGAUCUUUUCGCUGAUGACAAAGUCUUGGCCACUAGAAUCCUGUCUUUGUUCUACCUUCUCGCAUAUACCAGAAGAUACGACACUACGGUAGUCCAACCUUCGAAGGACAGAGAGCUUCCAACUGUCUAUUCUGACGCUUUGUGGGCAGAGAUACCUAUUCGUUAUAUUCUGUCACUUAUGGAUGCCAGAUCGAAGGACUUUGAGUUAGUACGACCCCACCUACUGCACUACAUUGGCUGCAGUAUACCACACAUGUUACCCACGCUAGAUGCCAUCUUGGACAAAACUGAAGAUGAGAUUGGAAGAAGCAACAAAGCCAUUGAUAACAAGGCCGUGAUAAAGCGAUUCUCAGAGCUAGUAGGUAACAUGAGUCAGGACCUAACCAGCUUCACCAAAAUGUUGGCCAAGAUAGAGGCCCAUCCUAUAACAUGGCAGUACGGACACUACGAGAGUGUGGUUAGGGCUCUCAACUUGACCUUGAACACGGACAAGUAUCCGAUGGUACUAUCGAGAAGAUUGGCCAAGAUGUGGAAACGAUUCGAGAAUCUGAUACCCAGAAAACUGUACGAACUUACUUUACAGUACUGGUUAAACGGAGACAGGUCUGCUGUCAAAGGUCAUCUACAAGUCACCAACGAACUUCUGAUGAGGGAAACUCCGUUGAUUAUGUUCAGAGUAGACGAUCGUAUCUUCCAAAGUCCACCUCACUUCGAGUUGCUACUUCGUAUGUUGUCCUUCUACUUGGAUACGGUGAAGAACACUAACCUGGUCAGGCUGACAAAGGCCGUAGCACUGUCGGAAUCGAGAGCGUAUGUUUUCUCGUCUAGUGUUUAUGGUAUUCUUGUUUCUUUUUUAAUUAUUUGUGGUUUAUAAUGUGUUUUAAUAAUGAUAUAACGUUUAGAGAGAUCGAUGAGAGGCAUUCAUUGUUCAAGGGAUAUACAGGUACACAACACUUGGCUGUUGUCCAGGUACUACUCGAAAUCUGUGAUGGAGAUGAGAGCAAAAACCCGAAUCUGAAUGAAAUACGAGAUCUGGCAUGCGCUCAUAUACAUCAGAUGUUCGUGUCCGACCCGGCUUUACCUAAACUGGUCCACUUUAAUGUAAGCUGAUAACAGUUAUUGCGGCAUCUUCCUUGAUGUAUUCUAUAUUGUUGAACCUUACUGUUAUUUAUUAUCGUUUACAGAUGUACCCAGUAAGGCUGAUCCCAAUGGUUGUGGAUAAGGUACCAUCAGCUCACGUGCUUCUGGCUGAGCUGCACGAACUUGUACAUCAAUCUCAUCUGCAAAGGAGGAUAUUCGCUGUAAAUCUCAUCGCACAACUGGCCAAAAAGGUACUGUUUACACAUAAGGUCAUUGCCAUUAUUUCAACUGUAUGGUCAAAAAAUUCGUAGCACUGCUAACUCGUUUUUUAUGCAUUUCUUUUUGUCACUUUUUUAAGAUUAUCAACGUCAUUACUUGGCGCUAGGACAAAUUCGGUUUUUGGACAUUUGCGGAUCUGCGGUUUUUAGACACUUGCGGAUCUUCGGUUUUUGGACACUUGCGAAUUUUUUAAAGGUUUUUUUUAAUUUAAUUUAGUUGUAGUAUGGUACUAAAGUUUAAAUUGGCACUGUCUUAAUAUUUCUUAAUGUUAAAUAGUACUAAAUUUUUAAUCGGUACUGUUUUUAUAUUUUUGGUACUAAAUAGUACUAAAAGCCCGAAAACUGUACUGUUAUGUUAAAACCGUACCAAUUCAAACUUUAGUACAAUUUAGUACCAUAAUACAACUAAAUUAACUAAAAAAUAAAAAAAAACCUUUAAAAAAUCCGCAAAUGUCCAAAAUCCGCAAGUGUCCAAAAACCGAAGAUCCGCAAGUGUCUAAAAACCGCAGAUCCGCAAAUGUCCAAAAACCGCAUUUGUCCUAGCGCCCAUUACUUUACAGUACACCAUCCAAAUGUCAUUGGCAGGCCUUGAGUUCAUGGAGGAAGUGUUAACCACCAUCAUCAACACCAAACUUGACGAGAGCGUCAUCUUAUUAUUCGCCAAUAUUAUCCCAGCUCUCAAGACUUUCAUCCAACUGUCACCGUUACAUUCAGAAUCCGUCAAAAGCAUGCUACAUCGUAUUAAAACCGUAGCCAAAUCGAGGUGUGCUCUUUACAAAACAAACUUCUCGUAUGAGAAGUGUCCCGAGAUCAUGCUAAUACGAAGUAUUGAUAAAAUAGUUUGA